UCCACUGCAGGGCUUGUGGCGGGGCUUGUCGGGAGCUACAGAGUUGCGGGCUUUUUCAAACAAGGUGGAAACAGACUGCUAACAGAACAGGAAAAUGAAUCCAAGCACGAUAUCUAAGUUUGUUGACAUUUUCAGAAACAUACUGCAGAACAAGACUUCCCAGGAAUAUGACAGUAGCGUCGUGUUCGAGUUCCAGCCUAAGGGUAAACUGUCCACCAACAGCGUUUUGGAUCACGCAAUGACAUAUUAUCUUGAUAUUUCAUGUGACAGAUCGUCAAUUGUUGCCUACAAGGGAAGACUAUCAGAUAUAAACAACACAAAAAGCGUUGAUAUUUCACAGGAUGUUUCCAUUUCUCGGAAAUCAUCUCAAAGUCAAAGUACAACUGUCACCCCCAAAAGGAAGAAGGAGAGUACUGGAUCAACGAACGGAAAAGAAAAUUCAUUGGACUUGGAUGGCUCCCCAUUGAAAUUACAGGCCUAUGUUGAUCUGUCUUCUUUUGAUUCACCUUCAUCUGUAUCUUCACCAAAGUAUAUAAAUCAGGUUUGCAAGAAAGAGAGGCGGGAUUUUGGCAUCUCCAACCAGAAAGCCAGGUGCCUGUUGUCUAUGUUUUCUACCUAUUUCACGAACAAUCACACCAACAAUGGGAAUGAGAAUAUUGAUCUCAUACCAGAUUUCUGGGUGCUUUGUGAUGGGUCUGACAUCAAGUCAACAAUUAUUCGAGGAGUCCAACCUGUACAUGUUGAUGGAAAAACUGGUUUGAGGAUAUCAUCCGUGACGCAGUCUGACAAGGAUAUAGAUUUGAAAAGAGAAAUUGUUUUUGAUAGCUCCUCUGUCUUGUCUGAUACUAGUUGCUAUGCUCGCUACAAUGUGACUGACUCUGUGAGUGAUGAGAUGGUUGGUUACCAAGGCUCACUGGCUGUUGACAUGGAGUGGGCAAGAUCAACGUUGCUGCUACAGAAACCACCUUCUCAUGCUGCAGCUUUUAUCAAGGCUUCAGUUACUGCAGGUGACAUGAGAAGUCCUGCAUAUUCUUUCUAUGAAGAGCUGACUCUGCUGAAAAGUUUUGUUUCCUCCGUUACAACUGGGGACAUCAACUGGAUUGGGGAAGUGAGUGAUGUCCCACUGAUUGAGAGUGUGAAGAAACUAAUCGAGCAGCUACAACAGGGUGACAGAGUUGUUCAGGAGGAAAAUGAAGAUGAUUCAGUUGACGUAAUUUCGUCUCUAGAAAACCUGGUUUUCAGGGAACAUAAAGACUUAGAUUUCACAGACCAUCUGUGGAAGGUGCUGAUCAGCUGUUCGUCCUUCUCGGAUCUUGAGAGCAGUCUCAAGUACAUCUUCAACUGUCUCAGUAGUGGAAGCGUUCAACCAAUGGUCCAUAAUAACAACCACACGACCAUGGCACAGCUUGUCCGAGACUCCUACGUCGGUCGGAUGAUGGUUCCUCCGUUGAAGGGAAUAACUCCAAUCAUAUUGUUAGCUGAGAUGGGAGUUGAGAAGUUAAAACGAGACUAUAUCAACACGUUUUUGUCAUCGGACAUGACCACCCUUUCUCAUUUGACAAACAUGGUGUCAAUGUCAAAGUCACUGGAGGAGAACCUGGAAAAAUUGGAAAAGCUUCAGAACGUGCUGGAGAUGGUAUCCAUGUUGAAGUUGUUUCUAAGUCUGCCUCACUCAUCACUUGGCUCAGCAGCCAGACAGAUGCUCAAACACUAUGAGAUGAGCGCCAUUGAUCAGAAGCAUGUGUUCGAAUUUGGGGUGCCAACAUCCAGCGUGCAGUCAGUGAUGGACAGAUGCUCUCCAUGUGAGUGGAAGGCAAGAUUUGAUCAUACUAUUGGAUCUGUCACUGAAUCCACUAUCUACUGCCUUACUUCAACAGAACCAUUCCGGCAUGUGAAGCGAGGAGAUGAAGCUGACAUCAGCCAAACAGAUACUAUGCUGGAAACCGAAAGUCAGUUUCUCCUGAAGAAACAAGAUUUUGUUACUUUGUUCUGAUUUAGUAAUCAUUUGGUUGUGGAAAUGGUAAAUGUGUACAUUUUGUCCAGCACUUUAUAUGAAAA